AUGGCGGACUAAGCGGCGUGGCUUUCCGUUUCCGGAGAAGUUUCACAUUUACGAUCUUAUAGAUUCAAAAAUAGCAUCAAAUACCUCAACUAUUCACCUUUUCUUAAGCCCAGGAAACGGACUUUGAGUGUGGAGCGACGGCGUGUUAUCUGAAGUGAAGAUUGAAGACGUGAUAGAAGAUGGACGACUACUGCUAUGCUAAGAUGGCGACGUCCGCUAAAAGAGAACAUGAAAGAGAAUCAGCGCCACCAACGGAGAACAAUCUGAAAAGCGAAGAUGAAGACGUCCAGCAGCUGAUCGGUAAUCCAGAAGAAGUUUCCCCUCAGUUAGGGGGGAGCUCCACUUUGAAGCAGGAGACUCCACAACCACCCUGCAUUAAAAAGGAAGAGGAGGAUCUCUGCAUCACUCAGGAGGGAGAGUGUCUUCUAGGACGAGAGGAAGCUGAUUACACCAAGUUUCCACUGAGUAUUCUCUCUGUGAAGACUGAAGAUGAUGAAGAGAAACCACAAGUAGACAACCUCUUAGCUCCACUAUCAGAUAGUGAGGCUGAAGACGAGGUUGAAGAACCUUUGAGCAGCGAUACAGACUGUGAAGGUGAUAUGAGGACUCACACUGACAACAAACACUCUGAAUGCUCUUCAAAGAAGAGAGGUAAAACAUGUUUGAGCUGCUCAGUUUGUGCUGAAAGUUUUACUAAAAAGAGCCUUUUGACUGUACACAUGAGAACACACACAGGUGAAAAACCUUUUGUUGUUCAGUUUGUGGCAAAAGCUUUUCUGAUAAGAGCCAUUUGACUGGACACAUGAGAACACACACAGGUGAAAAACCAUAUAAGUGUUCAGUUUGUGGCAAAAGCUUUUCUCAUAAGAGCCAUUCGAUUCAACACAUGAGAACACACACAGGUGAAAAAUGUAGUUGUUCAGUUUGUAGCAAAAGCUUUUCUGUUAAGAGCCAUUUGACUGAACACGAGAACACACACAGGUGAAAAACCAUUUACUUGUUCAGUGUGCUGUAAAAGGUUCCCACGUAAUGCAGACGCAGUAAAACACAUGAGAACGCACAAGGGAAAAUAACCAAUUAGCUGUUUAGUUUGUGGUAUGUUGCUCAUAUGUGGUGACAUCCACCCUACCCAGGACCUCCUCACUGCUUCUUUCACAAAUAUCUGAGGUAUUCAUACAAACUUGGAUUAUUUGGAGCAUAAUCUUAUCUACUCAUGACCCCAUGUCUUCUCUGUAUCUGAAACCUUCUUGAACAUUAAGAUAGAUGAUGCUUCAAGUGCUUGGUUACUCCUUCUUCAGUCCAGGGACCUGGGGCCUCAUGUGUCAAGUUUGUGUACGCUCUAAAACCUGCACUACACCCUUUUUGACUGCAAAGUUGAGAUGUAUCAAAACUGACAUGAUGCUGGGAAACUGUUUGCAUAAAAAAAGUGCCAACUUUCCUCAGAAUGAUUGAUGUGCAAAUCAGAGACAUAUGAACAAUUAACCCCCAACACCCACAACCCAACCCCCACCUCCCUCGACAUUCCGCCAUAACAGGUUCAAACCGGCCCGCGAGAUUGGUUUGCGAAGUGUAAAAUUCAGCUGCAUUUUUCUAAUUAAAUAAACUGCUGUUCUAAAUGUGUCCACUGGAUGUCGCAAUAGCAAUUCUGUUAGGCAAGAAAAUAGUUUAUACCGGGGCGAGCAAGUAUACCAAGCAAGAGGUACACGGUAAAGCGGGGCUGUGACUCCUCCCCCUCCACCCAACGUAAAACAGGAGUAAAAUAAGCAAUCAGUAACCCCACUUAAAAUGCAGCAUGAGACACUGCACACUGAUGUAGUUCUGUGAAAAUGAUUGUCUUCUGUGCAAAUGUAAAGAAAGUGAACAGUGUGUGAUUUACUGCAAUACUGUCAGUCUUUUAACUUUUUAUUUGUGCUUUGUUGAAAUUGUUCACACAUUGCACAGCUUUUAUUUUUCUAUCAAUACACAUUAUGUCUAGAAGACAGGAAGUAACUCAACACUCUUGAAUAGUUUCUACCUCAGUUUGUAUGGUUUGUUGAGUUAGCACAGGAUUAAUAUGUGGAAAUGACAAAUGAGGUAGUUGAUACAUAGAAUAGUUUUUAUUCAUGGUUUUUGUUUUUUGUUCAAUCCUAGAUGGGUUGUGACUUAAAGUUUAAUUGCUUUGUAGAAACACUGAGAUUAAGUCUAAGUUCAUUGUGUUCUUCAAGGUGUU